AUGGUCACCGAAUCAAAGAAGAAAGCUUCCGCCAUCGAGGUGACCACCACGUCCACCGAGAUUGCCUUCCACCUCUCCACCCCUACCCUCUCAUACCACUUCCAUGUCCCUACCGUCACCCACUCCACUGGCGGUCUACUCCUUCCUACCGGCGACCUAGUCCACGAUCACUUCGGAUCGCCCACCACCGAGCCCAUCCCAUACAACGAGGCUCCUACCAGCAGGAACGAGAUCGAGUAUCUCCGUACCCAGCGAGAAUUCGCAGAUCUCGGUCGAGGCGAUUAUCGCUUGCCCGCCGUACACGUCCGGUACCCCGCAGGUCAUACCGUCUCGCACUUUACCUACAAGUCGCAUGAGGUCAUUCCGGGCAAGCCUAAGCUGGAUGGGCUGCCGGCGACGUGGGGUAAGGAGGAUGAGGUGACGACACUGCAAGUGAGGAUGGAGGAUAAGCGCUCGGGAUUGGAGGCGGUGUUGAGCUACGCUGUGUUCAAGGCGUGCGGGGCGAUUGCGCGGUCCGUCAAGCUGGAGAAUAAGGGAGAAGGGGAGGUGGAAAUCCUGCGCUUGGCGAGCUGGGGCGGGGAUCUGGACGUGGGCGAGUGGGAGAUGGUGCAGCUGUGUGGGGACUGGGCGAGGGAGAACAAGGAGAUCAGGCGCAAGGUUUACCCAGGGACGCAAGGAUUCCAGACUACCUGCGGCUACUCCUCCGCUUAUGUCAACCCCUUCGUUGCCAUGGUCCACCCCGACACCUCCGAGACUUCCGGUCCGGCGUACGGGUUCAACCUCAUCUACUCGGGCUCGCACGCGUGCGAGAUCGAGGUAUCGCCCCAAGGUCCGACCCGCGUCCUGCUCGGUAUCAACCCUCUUCAGCUCGCCUGGACCCUCAAGCCAGGAGAGAGCUUCACCACGCCCGAGUGCGUCGGCGUGUACUCGAAUCAAGGCCUCGGCGGGAUGAGCCGUAACCUCCAUCGUCUCUACCGGAACCACCUCUCGCGGUCCAAGUUCACCCAUUCGCCCCGCCCGACCCUGCUCAAUAAUUGGGAGGGGACGUACUUCGACUUUACGGCCAAGUCGCUUCUUUCCAUCGCGGACAAGGCGGCGGAUCUCGGGGCGAAGCUGUUCGUCCUUGAUGAUGGGUGGUUCGGGAAGGGCGAGACGGCGCGGACGAAUGAUCACAAGGGGCUCGGGGACUGGUGUCCCAAUCCCGAGAGGUUCCCGGACGGACUCGGCGCCUUCGUGGACAAGGUCACGGGGCUCAAGGGCGGGAACAUGAAGUUUGGGAUCUGGGUGGAGCCAGAGAUGGUGAAUGCCAAAUCGGAGCUGUACGAGGCACACCCGGACUGGGCGCUUCACGCGGCGGAUCACGAUCGGACGGAACAGCGGAACCAGCUCGUCCUCGACCUGGGCAUCCCGGACGUCCAGGACUACAUCAUUGACGUCCUCACACGGCUGCUCGAAUCCGCCCAGAUCUCAUAUGUCAAAUGGGACAAGAACCGGAUGAUGCACGAGAUGCCGUCCCCCUCGGCGGUCCAUCGGUACAUGCUCGGCCUGUACCGCGUCGUUGAGACCCUCACCACGCGCUUCCCUGAUGUCCUGUGGGAAGGCUGCUCCAGCGGGGGCGGUCGCUUCGACGCGGGCAUGCUGUAUUACUUCCCACAGUCGUGGACGUCGGACAACACCGACGCGUACGACCGGCUCUCCAUUCAAUUCGGUACCACUCUCGCGUACCCCGCUUCGUCCAUGGGAUGCCAUGUUUCGGCCGUACCCAAUCACCAGACACACCGCAUCACCCCGCUCGAGUUCCGCGCGCACGUGGCGCUCAUGGGCGGCUCGUUCGGGUUCGAGCUGGACCCGAACGCUCUUUCGGCGGAGGAGCAGAAAGUCAUCCCGGAGCGCAUCAAGCUUGGGGAGAGGGUCAAUCCCCUCGUCAUCUCUGGAGAGAUGUACCGGCUCAAUCUGCCCAACGAGUCGAACUGGCCGGCGGCGAUGUACGUCUCGCAGGAUGGGAAAGAGGCGGUGGUGCUGGCGUACCAGGUGCGGACGGUCAUCAAGGCGCGGAUCCCGACGGUGAAGCUGCAAGGGCUGGACAGUGGGGACGAAUAUGAGGUGGAGAUCAAGGGAGAGAGGCAGGUGUACUCGGGGGCAACGUUGAUGGGCGCCGGACUGAGGGUGUUGUGGGAACAGGGAGAUUUCCAGAGUCAAGUCAUCUUCCUCACCAAGAAGUGA